AUGACCACAGGGGCUGCCAGACAGGCGUUCUUAGCGAAGGCAGACACGCCUGGAACCUCAGAUGUCGAGGCUGCGCUUGACCAGAAGGCCGAGGAGUACAUUGCGCUGCUCCUCGGCCUGAUAAAUGCACUGCCAAAACCGGCUGCGAACACUGCCGCUGAGGGGAGCAAGGAUCCCAGCAGUCUUGAUGUACCCACUCAUGCGGAGGGGGAUGGGGCGGAGUCCGCCGAAGAUGCAGCAUCUGACUACAAAGACAAGCCUGCAUCGGCGGGAGCAGAGAGCGGUAGGGGCCCCACCGCUGCAGCCUCAGGUCCCCCCAUUGUGGGGGACUCAAAGCUGCGGCGGGGAGCGGUGGCGUUCUCUUGGAAGGACGUCAUGCUGAGCAGCCCUGCUGGGGAGAGCACGGCACACGAUGCCAUCUUUGAGCUGGCUUCGGUGCUGGAGACGGUUGCGCUCUGGAAAAUGGCCCGCGCCGCCAGCUUGUGCGCAGACACCCGCUAUGGAGUCGGUGGUGACGCCGUUUCCAAGGCUUACAGACUCCUUCGUGCUGCGGCCGGUAUCUUUGAGUUUGUCCGGGAUCACUGCUCCACCUUCCUCAUCAAUGCCAUAAGCUCGCCAGACUGCAAUUUGCAGACUGCCCAGGCAUUCGCUCUGUUGUGCAUCGCCGAAGCCCAGUCCCUGACGGUGCUGCGAGCCAUCCAAAAGGGCAAUGCUCCCUCCCUCAUAGCAUCACUGGCGGUAGAUGCUGCGGCCGCCUUUGACUCUGCAGCCGGCACGGCUCGGGGUGUGGCUGCUGCCAAGGCGGACAGCAAGUUCGCGCUGUAUGCUGACUACCAGGCCGCUGUGCACCGGGCAUAUGGGCGGUGUUUUGCAGGAUUGGAGCAGCUGAAAGCGCAGCAGGCUGGCGCAGCACUGAGGCACCUGGGGGAUGCAAAGGACCUUUUGGUGGCUGCACAAACUGCCAGCAGGGCAUAUGACCGUGCAGAGCCUGUCACCUCAGCGGUGGAGCAUGAGUAUGCUGACUUGGAGCUGAAGGAUGCCAUUGAAAAGCCCUUCGCAAGGGCUAAGAAGGACAAUGACUCAGUGUACUUUCAGCAUAUCCCUGCUGCAGACACGCUGCCGGCCAUCGAGCCAAGGAGGCUGGUCACCUCGACGCCCUAUGCCCUGCCAGCACCCGCUGCUCUGGUCACAGAGGCCCUGCUUGAUGCCUUUGUUGAGGUGCCUGCUGAAAAGGCGGACAAGUUAGGUGGUGCUCUUGCUCCCACCACAGCAGCUGCAAGCAAGCCAGGCGCAGAGGAGAAGCCGGCUGAUGGGAAAGCAGAUGACAAGCCAGCGGCCAAGGGAGGCACUUGGUGGCAGUGGUUACUAGUCAUCGUUGCCAUGCCCCUGCUACUGAUUGUAUCCCUGGUGGGUGCUGUGGUGUGGGUGCUGCUGCUGCCACUCAAGUGCUUCUGCUGCCCCAUCGGAUGCGCCGCACAGCUGAUAUGGAACGUUGUGGAAUGGUGUCUGAAGGCGCCAAUGCGUGGGAUGCUGUGGGCCUCUGGGAAGCCCUGGCAGCCGCACAAAGAGGAGCCAGAGAAGGCAGAUAAGGACAAGGAGAAGAACCAGCACAAAGCGGCAAAGGAUAGAACGCCACCCGUAUAA